UAUGACUCGGCGCUAGGACCGUGGCUCUGUCAGUGCGCAAAUCCCAACAGAGAGGCAUCGCUCCGGUAGAAGCGGCUGUACGCGCAGAGACAGAGAGGCUGUCUGUCUGCGCUGCGGUUCGACCCAUCACCGGCGUGGGAGGCAGCACCUUCCACGGCGCACGGACCUGAACCUGCCAGGCUGCGGAGCCCUCCGUAUGGGCUCACCAUGCGAAGGAUACGGGCCAACGCCAUCGCGAUUCUGACCGUUGCAUGGAUCUUAGGGACGUUUUAUUACCUGUGGCAGGACAACAAGCCCCAGUCGUCGCCGUCGUCAUCGGCUUCGCAGACUCGCGGCAGGGGCCACGGGCAGAAGGUGAUCCCCGGUCGACUGGAGAUUCACCGGGAUGACAGGACCAUCCCGCUGAUAGUGACCCAGCCCCCUCGGGCCGAGCAUCAGGGCCAGCUGCUGGGCAGCUUCGAUGAGAAGGCUUACUUAGCAGCAAAGCAGCUGAAACCGGGCGACGACCCGUACAAGGACCACGCCUUCAACCUGCAGGAGAGCGACCGGCUGGGCAGCGAGCGAGCCAUACGAGACACUCGACACUACAGGUGUGCAGCUCUGACUUAUGACACAGACCUUCCCUCCACAAGUAUCGUCAUCACUUUUCACAAUGAGGCCCGCUCUACUCUUCUUCGCACCAUUAAAAGUGUCCUGAUGCGAAGUCCGCCAUCAUUGAUUCAAGAAAUAAUCCUGAUAGAUGACUUCAGCUCUGACCCUGAGGACUGCCAGCUGCUCGCUCAGAUCCCCAAAGUGCGCUGCCUGAGGAACGGCAGGAGAGAGGGUCUGAUCCGAUCACGUGUGCGAGGAGCCAACACGGCCUCUGCUUCAAUCUUGACCUUUCUGGACAGCCACUGUGAGGUCAACACUGACUGGCUGCAGCCUAUGAUACAGAGAGUCAAGGAGGAUCAUACAAGAGUGGUCAGCCCCAUCAUCGACGUCAUCAGCCUGGAUAACUUUGCCUACUUGGCUGCCUCUGCUGACCUGAGAGGAGGAUUUGACUGGAGUCUCCACUUCAAGUGGGAGCAGAUUCCCAUUGAGCAAAAGAUGGCAAGAAGUGACCCCACUCAGGCAAUAAGGACUCCCGUCAUCGCUGGUGGGAUCUUCGUCAUGGACAGGAGUUGGUUCAACCACCUCGGCCAGUAUGACACCCACAUGGACAUCUGGGGAGGGGAGAACUUUGAGCUUUCUUUCCGGGUGUGGCUGUGCGGAGGAAGUCUGGAGAUUCUUCCCUGCAGCCGCGUGGGUCACGUGUUCAGGAAACGGCACCCGUACGAUUUCCCAGAGGGCAACGCUCUUACCUACAUUAAGAACACCCGUCGGGCCGCUGAAGUGUGGAUGGAUGAGUAUAAACAGUUCUACUACUCUGCGAGGCCGUCGGCUCAGGGAAAAGCCUUCGGCAGUAUCACAGACCGUCUGGCGCUGCGACGGAAGCUGAACUGCAAACCUUUCCGCUGGUACAUGGAGAACGUCUAUCCUGAGCUGAGGGUCCCUGAGCAGGAAGCAGUGUCCAGUGUGUUGAAACAGGGCGGUUUGUGUCUGGAGACCCGUGGGACCGACGGCCUCGGGCUGGCAGAGUGUAGGGGCCUCGGAGCCAACAGGCCACAGUCGCAGAGAUGGGAGUUAAUAGAGCCGCUGAUCCGGCAGCAGGACCUUUGCCUGGCAAUUUCUGCUUUCACAGCGGGGUCGAAGGUCAAGAUGGAGCCCUGCAAUACAAAAGAGCCGAGACAGAAGUGGAAGCCAAAGGGCACAGCUCUGCAGCACAUGGUCAGUGGCCUCUGCCUGGACAGUCAAACCCCGAUGGGACCUCCAGUCAUUUUACAGUGUCGCCCCCAGAUGGCCAGCCAGUCCUGGGAGCCACAAGUCAUUACCUGAGCCACAGCAAAUGGGAAGAGGGAGAGGGAGGAGCAGAUUCUGGACCCAGCCUGCAGAAGGAAUUGGGGUAUCACGUCUGCACACUGUUUGCCGCCUUGCUGAAGGAUAAAAGUAGUGGGAACUCUACUGUCUUGAAGUCAACUUCUAGCUCCUGCUCAUUGUGUCUUGGGGACAAGAGCGCGCUGAAAACAUUUUAAGACCCUGUUGAACAAAACAUCUAAGGUCUUCUGUGUACAGUGCUUCAUCCUUCCAGGAUGCUUUAGUUCUUCUACGUAAUCUACGCUUUUCACAAAAAACUGUCACACAUCCCACUUUUUCAUUUCUGUAUCGCUUCUGGUCUAUAUGUUGCUUAAAUCUGGAAUAGUGAAGAUUACCUGAAAAGAAAGAGAAAUAUGCAUAAUGUACUGUUGCUAAUAUGCUGACUUGCACUUGACCCACUCUGAGUCUUGAGGUUUUUGGGCUGUUGAAGCAUGUCUGAUGACUGUGUGGACCAGGGCAGUUUUAUGUGCAGUCAACUAAAAUCUGAAAACAAUUAUUUUUUUUAAAUUGUUAUUGCUGAAUGGCAGUCUUGAAACCACCAUGCGAAGCACUGUCAGGAAGAUUAUUUAUUGUUUUGCAUGGUCAGACCCAAAGAAUGUUUUUUUUUCUCCGUCUCUACAAAGUUUUAUGUAAAUAUUUAAAGCAGGUAAUGGCUUGUUUUGUGUAAAGUUCUCUAUAUGUUGUUUGAAAAAAUAAAAUGUGGUAAUGGA